AUGAUUAUCUUACCCCAUACACCUCCAAUUCCCACCAUUCUUCAAGCCAAUGCUGAUUCAUUAUCACCCCAGGCUAUUUCUACAAGGACAGCGUUAUCUUCAUCAGCAGCAGAAACUUAUAAUGAUCUCGUCAGGUACGUAAUCAAUGCUGAAGAGUAUGUAGAGGAAUUAUUUCAGUUCACUAGUUCCAAAGCUAAUUCCAGGGAAUUGCCUUUCAUGAUGACAUUUGCAAAUGAACAUAAACUUCUUACAGAAGAUUACCUGCCAUGGAAAGAUGUGGUAUUCAAAGAUGACAAGAAAUUGAAGUUUUUGAAUAAGAAGCAACCAUGGACCCUAUUCAAUGAGAUCGAAGUGUCUAUUAUAGCGACAUCUUUGAUAUAUAUACGAUUAGGAGCUGAGUUGGUUAACGAGUUGAUUGAAUUAGAACCAGACAGUCUUUCAUCGGAAGAAAUCAAUGAGAAGUGGAAACAAGUAGUGACGUUUUACAAGAAAAGUAUCUCAUUUAUACAAUAUGGUAUCAAAAUUAACUCCUUGAAUUCAGAAAACAACCACUUACCCGGAAGCCUUUUCAUUCUUAUUGAAAAGAUUGGUCAUAUAAAUAUUCAAAUGUCUACGUUGUCCAAAUUUUCUUGGAUUAAUAGGAACAGUUUCAAUGAGACAGAACUGUUCAAGUCUAAUAAUAAUGGUACUCUUUGUAGAGUUGCAAUUUAUGUAGUUGAUGAAUUGAAGACUGUUAAAUCAUUAAUCGGUGAUGUUCAAGAAAAUCUGGGCUUCACCUUAAGUUUAAAUUCUCAAGACUGGUUGGAGUAUCUUACAUUGAUUGAAAGAUAUGCCAAUGCUUAUGCUGGAUUGUUUUUAUCAAUUGAAUUAUACCAACAAAAUAAGUUAGGACAAGCUAUUGGAUUAGUGAAUUAUUCGUUACUCAAUCUACAGAGUAAAAGAAUGGGGGAAUUGAACCCCAAGAAAUCUCCCAUAGUAACAAAAUUGAAGUCAAAAUUUUCAACUAAGAAGAAUGAAAGCUACAUAAAGAAUCUCCAAUCCAUAACAUCGUUGAAUUUGAACAGCUCCUCAUUUACAGACAAGUCAGGAAUUGUUUUGAAAGAUAUUACCUAUGUAUUUGAUCAAUUGGUCCAGUUACAUCUCAAAUUCACUAAAGAAAAUGAUAAUAUUGUGUUCGAUACUGUGACAAAUUAUCAAGACAUUCACAAAGAUAAUAAAUGGCCAUUAGGAUCUAAGAUUCCCGUGAGUGAUGUUCCGGAUUUUAUACCUCGAGUGUUUAAUAUCCUUGCCAGUAAAAGUACUAGAUCGAAUUACUAUUAG